AUGGCCCCCGAAGCUCGGUUUGUCGUUACUAGCACAGGCACUUUCGACUUUACGCCCGCCUUCGAGGACACCAUUCUCGGUAUCAUCCCUUCGGUCUUAUUUGUGACUGUGGCCCUACAGCGUCUCUGGCUCGCGAGACAGCCCCGCAAGGUCGUCAAAGGCCAUCGGCCAAUGGUGAAAGUGGCACGUAACAGCCUUUGCCCUAGAAAGCAUAGGUGGUUCUGGGUUGGACUGAUAGGUUUAUACACGGCUCUACAGCUUGCAAUUCUGGUUUACUGGGCUUUGAAUACAGGGAAAUUGCUCUCCUCCCAUUUGCGGACAUCGACUGCCGUCGUCGCCUUCCUUGAUGGACUUUUACUCUUGUUCCUGUCCCAUGCCGAGCACACGCGCUCGGUACGACCCUCGACCAUUAUCAGUGUGUAUAUACUCUUCACUUUGUUGUUUGACUGUGUCGUUGCCAGAACCCUAUGGCUUGCCGGCUAUAACUUCACCAUUGCGGGCCUUCUCACCUCAACCAUCGCAAUCAAACUCUUUGUCUUGACCUCAGAAGUCUGGGAAAAGAGACCUAUACUCUUGUCCCAAUACCAAAACCUCUCUCCAGAAGCGACUAGUGGUAUCUUAGCCAGGAGCAUCUUCUGGUGGCUGAAUUCUUUGAUGCGAACUGGAUUCGCUCGCUCCCUCACCAACCAUGAUUUCCCGAGAAUCGUUACAUCAACAAACCAGUCCAAUCGCCAUGCCUUGGCUUUCUCCACUUUGUGGGCCACCAAGUACAUCUUUCUGGCUGCUGUGACACCCCGGCUUGCAUUGGCAACUUUCAAAUACACAUUGCCCUUUCUUAUCACACGGACGACUUCUUGGACCGCCGAUCCAUCUCAGUCAGAUGCAGUUGGAUGGGGACUGACAGGGGCAUGGCUGUUGGUCUUCCUUGGGCAAGCAAUUUCAAAUGGCUUCUAUUACCAGAUGACAUAUCGAUUCGUCACUGCGAUUCGUGGCAGUCUUUGCAGUGUGAUUUUUACCAAGACAUUGGAUCUCAGAAGCACGGCUCUCGAGGAAUCUGUGGCUGUAUCGCUGAUGUCCACGGACACGGAUAGUAUCUGCCAAAGCGCUGCAACUUUACACGAGCUUUGGGCAUCACCAAUCGAAUCAGCUACCGCCAUCUUUCUGCUGUACAGACAACUUGGCCUUGCUGCACUGGCGCCGGUUUUUGUAGCGAUUAUCGCUACUGCUGGUAUGUUGCAGCUUGCCCAAUUCAUUGGGACGGCAAAGAAGAGAUGGAUGAGGGGAAUCCAGACGCGGGUCGAUGUGACAGCUUCCGUUCUUGCAUCUAUGAAGGUGAGCAUCCAAAGACACCUGAUGAUACUUGUACCUGAUGAAAGGAUACAAAUUCGACUACUAUCAUAG